AUGAUACAUCUACUAGCCAUUGCUGGCAUCAUAACCCUCAGCUUCUACAUCUUCAAGAACUACUAUAUCGGCAAGGAACUGGAAGGCAAGCCAGGCUACAACGUCGAGAAGAAACUCGGCAUCCAGUUUGCCUCCAAGCUUAUGGAAAUGUUCAUUGUUCUUUCCCUCAACGCCAUCACGUUUGCCAUGGUCCGACACGAGUUCACCCUUGGCCAAUCGGUUCCCUAUGGUGCUCUAGUGGCCGGUCAACAGAUUUUCGGAAAUCAGCUUUCUCUGGUCAGACGAGUUCAAGAGCAUCUUAACCGGGAAGUUUUCUAG